CAUAACCUAAAUUGUUUUCCUGCUGAUUCGUAGCAGGAAUUAGAUUCUAAAAGAUUUAAGCUUAAUAUUAUCACAUAAUCUUAUCAUAUAUGUCUAGUUCGUCGCGUUAUCAUUACGAUUUAAUUGACAAUGUCGAAUCAGAUAGCGAUAAUGUUCCUGGAUAUGCAGGUACCAUGGCGGGAAACUUUAACAAGUUUCGCCUGCUAUUGUGGAAGAACUGGGUACUGCAGUACAGGAAACCGAUCCAGACCAUAGUAGAAAUUCUGUCCCCCGUCAUAUUUUCCAUAUUAUUGGUACUAAUCCGAACGGUAGUCGAUCCUGAACCACACGAUGCCAUAGUUUAUAAUUCAUUCUGUACAUUGCCAAUCAGUAUUCCUGGAUAUUGUGAUCUACCGAACAAUGCAGUUAGUAGACGUCUAAACAGAACUAAGUUUCUGAAAAAGUUUCAGUUGGCGAACGACGAAAGAGUUAAUGAUGACGAUCCUACCUCAAACUACAUAAUUCCGAUGAACUUAAUAUAUUCCCCGCAAAAUGAAGAGAUUGACAAAAUUAUGGCGAUAUUCCAACAGCUUUUCACCAACGUCACCGAUUUUCCAAGUUCUGCCGAAUUGGAAGCUUACUACGUCACCUACGGAAGCAACAAAAUCUACGCGGGGAUUCAAUUUAACGACAGUUAUGCCAACAAAUCAUCAUUGGAUGACAGUUUCGAUUUGCGUAUUAGAUUUCCAGCUGAAUUACGUACUUCAAGUAUAGCUCUAGAUAUAAACGACUGGAAAACCAACUUGGUGUUUCCUGUAUAUCAAUCAACCGGCCCGAGAUCAUAUGCCAAUGCCACUGGAGGGAUUCCAAACUACUACAACGAAGGUUUUCUUUCACUCCAGCACAUCGUCUCAUUCUCUACUCUUCUGAUAAAAAAAGGAAUUACUAUUCCCGAUUUAACGACUCCCGCUGGCAUAGCAAGCUUGAUUUUACAAUUACAGUUGAACAACAUCAAAUUACCAGCUUUUUAUAUGAGGAGAUUUCCUUAUGCCCAUUGGCAAAACGAUCCGCUGUUGACACCGCUGAAAAGUUUCGUCGGUAUCAUUAUCAUGUUGAGUUUUGUUUACACCUGCAUCAACACAGUGAAGGCCGUCACAGCCGAAAAAGAAAAGCAACUAAAGGAGGCAAUGAAAAUUAUGGGCCUACCCAACUGGCUACAUUGGACUGCCUGGUUCCUGAAAAGUUUAAGCUACCUCCUAGUCUCGAUCAUUUUAAUGGUGGUCCUGCUGAAAGUCAGAUGGUAUACCAAUACGGAGUUUACGGUUUUCACCUACGCUAAUCCGUUUGUCAUAUUGCUGUUCCUAUUUUGUUACAUAUGCGCCACUAUUACUUUCUGCUUUGCCAUAAGCGUAUUCUUUUCUAAAGCAAACACUGCCGCAACUAUUGCCGGGUUAGCCUGGUUUUUGUCUUAUGCACCUUACUUAUUUCUACAACAGAAUUACGAGUACCUACCAUUAGGUACAAAACUAGCUACCUCGUUGGGUUCUAACACGGCUAUGGCCUUUGGAUUCCAACUGAUGCUGAUGUUUGAAGGCACAGGAGACGGUGUACAGUGGGACAAUAUAUGGAGCCCUAAUACUCCUGACGAUACUCUUACUUUGGGACAUCUAAUGGUGAUGCUGGUAAUAGACUCAAUAAUUUACCUUCUAGUAGCUUUGUAUGUAGAAGCUAUCUUUCCUGGAGAUUAUGGCAUACCCCAGCCUUGGUAUUUUCCAUUCACAUCGUCUUACUGGUGUGGGAAGAAUCAUGUUGCCGUCGAAGAUCUCGGCAGUUCGGAGCAAGACAGCGAAUUUUUCGAAGGCGAACCGAAAAACCUACGCGUCGGUAUCCAAAUCAACAAUCUGAGGAAGGUGUUCGGAAAAAAGGCCGCCGUUCGAAACCUGUCGCUCAACAUGUACCAAGACCAAAUCACCGUUCUCUUGGGCCACAACGGCGCAGGAAAAACGACCACAAUGUCCAUGUUGACGGGGAUGUUCCCGCCGAGCGGUGGUACCGCUGUGAUCAACGGGUACGACGUAAGAACCGAUAUAGAUGGAGUGAGGAAUAGUUUGGGGCUGUGUCCUCAGCACAAUAUCAUUUUUGACGAGCUCACAGUGGCGGAGCACCUGUAUUUCUUCAGCAGGUUGAAGGGUAUGUCGGGCAGUGAAAUUAAUGAGGAAAUCAAUAAGUACGUGGAGUUGCUCGAGUUACAACCAAAGAGAGACAAGAAAUCAAGUACGUUAUCUGGAGGCAUGAAGCGAAAACUUUGUGUCGGUGUUGCACUAUGCGGUAACUCCAAAGUAGUGAUGCUGGACGAACCCACAGCUGGAAUGGAUCCUUCAGCGAGAAGAGCUUUGUGGGACUUAUUACUCAAACAAAAAUCAGGCAGGACCUUAUUACUAACCACGCAUUUUAUGGAUGAGGCUGACCUACUAGGUGACCGUAUAGCUAUCAUGGCCGGUGGGGAACUGCAGUGUUGUGGUACCAGUUUCUUCUUGAAAAAGAAAUACGGAGCUGGAUACCAUCUUAUAAUGGACAAGUCGAUUCAGUGCGACCCCAAUAAUGUAACUCAACUUUUAAGAAGACACAUUCCUGGAAUUUCCAUUCACACUAACAUCGGGUCGGAACUUACAUAUCUUCUAGUAGAAAGCCAGUCUUACAUUUUCGAGAAAAUGCUGAAAGACUUAGAAGAUCACAGUAGGCAGCUCGGUAUCAAUAGUUAUGGGAUUUCAUUAACAACCUUGGAAGAAGUUUUCAUGAAAGUAGGAGCUGAUCAUGGGCAAGAAGAACUAUAUAAUUCAAGCGAAAAAGAAUUAAAUGGAAAAAUUCAUUUGGAGAAUCCUCAGACAAAAGUUGAUAUUGAUCUAGCUCCGAAACCAAUCACAUCCUUCGACUUCUUCCUCAAUCAAUUCAUGGCGAUGACAAUGAAGAAAAUCUUGUCGACCUACAGAUCCUGGAUUCUCCUGGCCAUCCAGAUUUUUAUGCCGGUCAUUUUUCUGAUAAUCGCCAUAGUCGUCGUGCGUCAGCAAUCAAACUUUGGCGACCUCCCUGCGAUGCCCCUUACCUUGGACAGAUUCGACAAUCCUACUGUUCUAAUGGAGUAUAGCGGAAACGAUGAAUACGUCCAGCAAUAUGAGAAUGUCGUAGGGUCUGUGUACGAGAAAGUGGACAACAUUACCUCGACCAUGCUCGAUUUAACAGCAAGAACACCAGUUACAGCUAGAAGAACCUACGUUGUAGGAGCAGGCUUCGAAGCAAUUGACAGCAGCAAUAGUCUUAGUCAAAUAUUUGACGUUAAUUUCACUGCCUAUUUUAACAACGACCCAUACCACACUCCCGGAGUUACGCUAGGACUAGCACUAGACACCAUGUUUAAGAAAGCACUGAACAGUGAUAGUGGUAUUCGGUUUUUCAACCACCCUAUGCCUUACAAUGCACAGUCAAGAAUGAGUCAAAUAACAUUAGGAAACAAUAUGGGUUUCCAAUUGGCUUUCAACAUAAGCUUUAGUAUGGCCUUCGUAUCUUCGUUCUAUAUAUUAUUUAUCGUUCGAGAACGAGUCUGCAAUUCGAAACAUCUACAGUUUGUCUCUGGAGUAAAGGGAUACGUUUUUUGGCUGAGCACUCUUUUAUGGGAUUUCGUCACAUUCCUGAUCACUGCCCUGGCUUUGGUCAUCACGUUGCUGUGUUUCCAAGAGGACGGAUUUAAAACUGCCAGUGAUAUAGGUAGGAUAUUUGUUACUUUGGUGUAUUUUGGCUGGAGCAUGCUGCCUAUGAUGUAUAUUGCCGGAUACUUUUUCGAUAUACCAUCGACAGGAUAUACAAGGAUGACUUUAUUCAGCAUUUUUACAGGUGUGGCUGCUUAUCUAAUAGUCCAGGUACUGUCAACUCCCGACCUAGGAUUGGAACAUAUCGGCAAUACACUGAACUGGAUAUUCCUGGCCGUUCCACACUAUUCUUUGGCAACGGGGAUUCGUGAUAUUUACACUUUGUACUUUUACAACAAAAUCUGCAAAGAACUCUACGCAAACUGCCAAUUAGUUACACCAGACAUUUCCUAUGACGAGUGCAUAGAUAAUGUCGGAGCACAAUCCUACUGUGCAGAUUUAGAUGAACACUAUUUCAAAUGGAAAUCUCCGGGUAUAGGAAGAAACCUUGUAUAUUCCUUCACCGUAGGUUUCGUACUACUCACCAUCAUUCUAAUAAUCGAAUACAAGGUAUUCUCACAAAUCGCCUACUUCGUGAGACAAAGUACUUUCCCAAAGACCCACACCCCGUACCCGACGAAGAUAGCGACGUCCAUAACGAAAAGUCAAAAUCCAAAACAGUUCCCAAGUGGAACUGUUCCACAAUUACACCAUGGUGGUACAAGACUUGACAAAGUAUUACGGAAACUUCUUGGCCGUGAACGGGCUAUGCUUGGGUAUAAAAAAAUACGAAUGCUUCGGAUUGUUGGGGGUGAACGGUGCCGGGAAAACCACCACCUUUAAGAUGCUCACUGGAGAUAUCAGGAUAUCGAAAGGUGAUGCUUAGGUCAACGGAAAGAGCAUCAAACGACACGUGGAAGACGUUCAAAAGCUCAUAGGUUACUGUCCUCAGUUCGACGCUCUGUUGGAUGAUAUGACGGCAAGAGAAACGUUAA